AGUCGGUUGUCAGAUGUCAGUUGUCCUUGUCCUUGGUUGUUGUCAAAGUGUCAUGAGCCUUCGUCCGAUUUAAUUUAUGAAUAGUAGGUACAUAUUCAAUAUUUAAAUUAAAUUUAAAUAAUAUUAUGUAUAUAAAAUAGGUACUAUUGAGUAUAAUGUGAAAACCUGAUGUUACCAUACAAAGAGGGCGAUGUAUUCGUUGGAAGUACGAGAAUUUGUCAGCAAUGGAGCUGUUUUAAUAACAAUUUUGCAAUUUUUAUCUGGAAUCCUCGUUUGUAAGCAAUAUGUGCUUAAUCGUACAACAGCAGAAGCAUCGCCUUUACCUUUUGUAUUCGGCGCUAUUUCUGCUGGUUUAUGGAUUCUGUAUGGGUCAACAAAGCCUGACAAUAAAAUAAUAUUUGUGAAUGUUGUUGGUGUUCUGUUGAUGAUUGGCUACAUAAUAGUAUUCUAUAUAUAUACUAUCAAAAAGUCAUCUCUUGUGAAAAUUAUUAUUGCCACUGCAGUAUGUAUUUUCUUUCUCCUUUGGUAUGUUUCCUUAGAAGAGGACAAUGAGAUACUAUUGAGCCGACUAGGUCUAUUAGCAUGCUCUCUGACGCUACUUACAGUUGCUGCACCACUAAGUAAAUUUUUUUAUGUGCUGAAAGUGAAGUGCACCGAUUGUUUGCCUUUUCCCAUGAUAUUGAUGUCAUUCUUUGUAUCUGCUAUGUGGUUUUUCUAUGGAUUGCUAGAAGAAGAUGUGUAUAUAACGACUCCAAAUUUCAUUGGUGGGUCACUGGCAGCUCUGCAGUUGUCUCUCUUUUUAAUUUUUCCUCACAAGCCAGUAUUACAAGGUUCAUCCAAAAGUAUAUUGGCAUAAAAUGCCAAUUAAAUUAUAAACAAAAGUAUAAUAUUUGAUGAUAGCAGUGUAAUAAGUGUAAAACUAUCAAAGAGUAGGCUAGUUUACUGUGUUUAAUAUUAAUCAGGAAGUAUAAACAAAUAUCUGUUCAACUUUAAAUUGUAUUUAACAUAAUACUGAACUAGUAUGUAUCAUAAGUAGUAAUUACAAAGUCUAUUUUUGUGAAAACUGUAAAUAUGUAAUACUUUAUAACACAUUAUAAUAUGGUUAUGGUUAUUUUAGUGGGGCUGAAUUAAUUAAUCCUAAAUGGGUUAUUUCAGAGAUAUUUAAAUUUUACAUUUUGGAACAAUUUAACAGUUGUGCCACCAGAUUUGAAAGAUAAAUUAUAAACAUGUAAAUUGUCCUAUUCUUGGGGAUAAGCAUAUUGCACUAUUGUGUUAGAUCAUAUUUGUUUUCCAUUGUAUUACUUUUGUGUUGCUCUAUAAGUUUUGUGUAGUUUAUGUUCUGGAUGUUUGCAUUUUGUUUGUCUUGUCAUAAUUUAAUUUAAUUUAUUGAAGAUUUCUUUUAUUUAGAUUUUUUUUUAAUGGAGUUGAUCUCAUAACUCGUGAAACAUAAAUGUUUUAUUUAUUUGUCCUAAUAUUUAUUUAAAAUAUUAUUCUCAUAGUAAUUAUAGGUUGUGAUGUUACUUUCUAUGUUUGGUUUAGUGAGACCGAGCGCAUGGCCAUAACGGGAAUGUUUAAUUAUUGGCUAUGAGUUCUACAUUUGACAAAUAAUGUAAAAUUACUUGAAUGGAAUUUGAAUUUUGAUCCCCAAGUUUUUUAAAUUAAUGUGUAGCACAAAUUUCAUAGCAGUAAACAUGUCUAUUGCAUAAGGUUUUUCUGAACAUAAUUUAGUUUCACAAUUUAUUUGUAAAUUGUAACUGUAACAUUUCGUUAAAUUAAUCAAUUGAAUUAAGUAUAGUCUUAUAUAACUAUGUCUAAAUUGCCAAUGUAAAUUGACAUGAUGGUUUAGUGUUAUAAAUUAAGACGAUACUAAUUAUAACAAUAUUAUAAUUAUUAAACACAUGUGCGUAUAAUGUAUUCAUAGUCACGAAUAUAUGAAUGAAAGUCGGCCUCGAACAAUCUCGAAGGUUCUCUAAUGAUGAGAUCAAUGUGCUCAUGAGAACUUUGUAUAAUUAUUUGCAUUGAUAUGUAUAUGUACUUAAAUAAUCCAUAUUGACCUAAAAUGUUUAUGAGACUAGGUGUAAGGUCAGUACAAAUUAGUGUUUCCAUGAGUGGUAUAUUUCAGUAUUGUGACCCUUGAUAUGCAAAUUAAAAAUAUAUCGUUUACCUACAUAAGUGUGUUCAAAACAAGUCGUCAUUAUUUCAAUAAAUUUUUGUGAAUGCCUAAUGAUGCAA